CCACGUUGAUUUGCGUCGCAUCACGUCAUCUUGCCUCACCUCACCUCACCAUACGUCACGUCACGUCACGUCAUAUCAAAUCACAUCACAUCACGUUACGCUAAAUACUCGAGUAUCCCGUUGCAUUUAAGAAGGAACAAAAAUAAAAACAAACACCCAAAUAGAGAGAGAGACAAAGCGAGCGAAAGUAAAGACUACGAGACAUUCGAAGAUUUGAGCCAAACAAUCACGUGACUUAACCGUUCGCCGAUUUACCGUUUGUCCUUUGCCCUGUCCUUUCGCGUUUUCAACUGGCGCGAUAUCUUAUCUGUAUCCAAUUGUGACGUUGCAGUUUUACUCCACAUUGAUAGCGCUUUUUAUCCGUCGAGAAAUCUCAGUCAUACAAAGAUUAUUUUUACUGAUUUAAAAAAAAUUUCAAAAAAAUUAUUAUAUAUGUCGCUACUUUUCGCAAUAAAAAGACACAAUCGUGAAUGAAAAAGCAUAAACUUAAUAAAUGAGAGAUUACGAAAAGCUCUACGAGCUCUUUCUUCAAUUUGACGUCGACGUUAUGUGAGCGGCAAAGGAACAGACAUAUGGCAUUACUCGAAUCCAUCGUGCUCCAAGAUCCAGAAAGUUUUAUAUGUCGGAAUCUUGGACCGUACAGAUGAGUGUAUCAAAGAGGUACUUGAUGCUACUACUGCUGUUAGCAUUAGGAUUGAUUCUUACGCAACCGUGUGUCGGAGCUUCGCCACGAGAAGGUACAUAUUUCGCACGAUCGACGAACGUUUCAUCCAAAUUCAUCGGAACAUCUUCCAGUCAGAAUAUAUCGGUCAUCAGGAUCUUGUCAGAUGGACGAUUGGAACGAAUCAUUCGGUGGCCUGGAGUCUGCGCCAAAGAGACUGUCGUUAAUUGGGGAGACAGGAACGUAACACUGCGACAAGUUUGGCUUGAAAAGUCAAGCAGAAAGCUGCAAUUGAUACACACCGGUGAAACUCUGGCCGAUUGCAUCGACGAGAGGCUUGUACCGUGGGACGACAGCGAGUGUUUACCUAGCUCCCGCAACGUCUAUUACUACGAGUACGGUGACGGUGACAAAGUGUCGAUCGAGGUGUUCCAACUAGACAAGGAUGCUUCGAGGAUACCCCAUGACCUCCUCUGGCUGUUGUCGACGUCGGAGCUCGAUCGUUGGUGCUAUCGUGCGAGAAUGCGUGUACGAGGUCGAGUCGUGGGAUUACGUCGACAUAGGAAAUACGCGAGAUCGACAAACGAUCGAAACUAUCGAAAGCAAAGUCGGGGCCAAAGUCGGAGCCGGAAUCGAAGAGAUCUAUUCAUGAUGCCAGGGACGCAAUGGUGCGGCCGCGGUCACCGUGCUACUAAAUACACCAAUCUAGGCGGCUUUGGCGUAGCUGACGCCUGUUGCCGAAAACACGACACAGCUUGUCCUGUUUUCAUACCGGCGUUCGAAACGCGUUACGGUUUUUUCAAUUGGGGAAUUUCGAGCAUGAUGCAUUGCGCCUGCGACGAACGAUUCCGUACGUGUUUGAAGAUGGCUGGGACUGCAUCGGCGGAUUUCAUAGGCAAAAUCUUCUUCGACGUGCUCCAAACUAAAUGUUUCAUUUUGAAAACGCACAAGAUAUGCUUGCAACGAAAUCAGAAGAACAAUUGCGUGCGUCACGAAUAUCGAAAGCAAGCCUAUAUACGAGAUAACGUUCCUUAUUAAAUCAAAGAUGCGUAUAGUAUCUUCUUCCGGAGAUGUAUGUCAAUAGCAAUUCUCAGGGAUGUAUUUUAAUUUGUGGUAUACUAGUGAAUAUGUUAAGGAGAAGGAGAAAGCGAAAGAAAAGAUGCGACGGCAAUUAUUCAAUCGUCAUGCUAUAUCAUCGAAAGUGCAAUCUUACGAUGAUUGCUAAUGCAUUGUAAUCUUCUCGACAUAUAAGCUCGGGUAAUACCUACGUCGGUACGUUGAUGUGUUCUUACACGCACACACGUACUCUCUCUCUCUCUCUCUCUCUCUCUCUCUCUCUCUCUCUCUCUCUCUCUCUCUCUAUCUCUCUCUCUCUCUCUCUCUUUAUUUUUUCGAUCAAGUUAGAAACCCAUCAAAUAGUCACGAUUGCGAGCCAUAGGCUUGUAUAGUAACGUAUCGAUUUUAUGACAAUGGUUGGAUGACAAUGAUUUAAUCUAGGUGUAAACAGUGAUCUUCCAUUAUAUUCUUACUCGAUGGAUAAAAGCAUAGUAAAAGUAUUAAUAUUUUUUUCUAAAUCCUUCCUCUCCUCAUCCGUUGCAAUCGUGACGUCUUGUGUGCUAUCAUUUCGGCUUCCGUCAUAACUGAUACAAGUUCAACCAAUGCAAUAUAGCGCGCAAGCGAGCUCGUGAAUAGUGCCUCGCAAUCGUGACCAUUUGAUACGCUCCUGACUCGAUCAGAAGAAGCGUGUACAAACGUAUAUCCAUACAUAUGUACGACAAUACAUAUGUACGGCUAUAUAUAUGUCUUACAACUUACAUUUAUUCAUGUAACGUUUAUUCAAAUAUCUUUUCUGUAAAUUUGCGUCUCUCUGCACAUUUUUCUUCCAUUUGUAAAGCUAAAGGUAAUUCAACAUGUCCGACAAAAGGUCGACAAAAAUCGAAAACUUAACUGAAAUUAUCUUUUCAAGCAGUUAUCAGUAACGAAAGAGUAAACGACGCAACUUAUGAUCGCUUUUAAUGAGCCACGCUCAGAUAAAUUGAUAUUUCUCGUUUGCUCUGAAAUAGAUUUCUAAAGCAUGAUCUGUGCGUAAGAGAAUCAUCGAAAAAAAAUUUACGGUUUGCGAAAAGUAACUACACUUCUCAUACAGAACAAAUAUUCGAAAUACAUCUCAUGGAUAUCCUAUAAAUAUCGCGAUAUCUAUAGGAUAUCCAUAAGAUGUAUUUUGGAUAUUUGUUCUGUAUGAGUUUAUAAAUAUAUUAUAAAAAUGAUUUUCGUUCGUACACUUUCUCGUCCCUAAUGUCUAGCCGCAAAAAGCUAUACGACGUAAGUAUCGACGAGCUUUAUAUGUAUCAUUUAGAACUAUAAUAUUUGAAUUUGAUCGAAUUUGUUAAUCUUUAGAUAUCGUUAGUGUAUCUUCUAGUUAAAUAGUACUAGCUACAAUAGCUAUUAUAAAAGAUAUCUGCUCUACGUAUCUUUUCAUAACGUUUUAUAUUAUAUUAGAGAAGCAAUAGAUUGGUGGCUAUUUCAAGUUUCCGUUUGUUAAUGUAUCGGAUAUCUAAUUUUUCAUUAAACCGUUAUUUAUAGAAUACGCGUGAAACAAUCUCGCGGAUAUCGAACAUAUCAAGGAAAUCCCUGAUUAUCGAUAAAUGAUCGCUAUAUGUAUUCACAUUACUACACGCAAGUUGCAUAUAAAAUAAAAUUUAAAUAGAUAUAA